CAAUGUUCACACAGCAUUAGAGAGGCACACUGUCCUGGAGUAAGAAUCACCCACCACUCCUGCUAUAGAAGAAGGUCCCAUGCAGGGGCGGACUGACAACUCAUGGGGCCCCCGGGCAAUAGGGGAUCAUGGGGCCCCUGUGUCCUUGCCCAAACUCAAAAACGCCUAUGAAAAAGGUACCAGGGGCAUCUCAUGGGGCCCCCUAUUGACCCCGGGUCCUCGGGCAGUGCCGAGUUUCCAAAUGGUCAGUCCGCCCCUG